AUGUCGAUUGCGAUAACCGCAAGAACAUCCAAUAGAAAAUAUGAUGAACUUAAUGUUGGAACUACAGUACGUCUGAGUAUUCCAGAUGUAGAUCGUGCUCGUAGAUCACCAAGAAAUGUAUUAGCGGUUGUAACAGAAGUUAAGGACGAUUUAUAUAAGCUAUGCACUGAAAGUGGAUUUUUAAAACACAUGUACACAAGAUCAGAAAUAAAUCCUUGCAAAGCAAAUUUAUUGGAUCUAAGUACUGUUUUAAAAUCGGCAGGUCAAGCAGAAAAACCGUUAUCACUUCGGGAGGCAGCUACUGUAAAUAGUAUUUCAGGGGCACAAGGAUACACCCGAUGUCAAUGUAAGACAAAAUGCAAGACGAACACGUGUGCUUGCAGAUCGGCAUCUAGAACUUGUAAUUCUAAAUGUCAUGGAAGUUUGCAUUGUGAAAAUAAAAAUAACUCAAGAUUUUUUUUUCUGUGCGGUCGAAACGAUGCUAAUGCAGCAACACAUGCUUUUGUCACCUCUCCUGAGCUAGUUACUGCUUUAGCUAUUGAAGCACGUCUAGAUUUCAAUCCAGUUACUGAUUCGAUUAAAGGAGCUGAUGGUAAAAAUUUUGAAUUGAGUAAUCCGUUUGGCGAUGAAUUGCCUUCCAAAUGUUUUGACCCUGGCCAUGACACGUAUCAAGCUCCACCUUCUGAUGGAUCAAAAAUUAAUGUAAAAGUUGAUCCGACAUCAAACCGUUUACAAUUAUUGGAGCCGUUUAAAGCUUGGGCUUUUGAAAUGUAUCUUAUGUCAUAUUGAUGGACAAAU